UUGUUUUUACCACAAUACCGAGCUAUUAUUGUUCCAGGUCACAGCACAGAAUUCGCAAGUCUCAGACGCGGUAGAGAAUACGCAGUAUCUGACACAGAAGCGCAUCGAGUCCGCUACUAUUCGGCUUCACCAAAAAUGCCAAGGGUAAGUCACAGCACAGAAUUCGCAAGUCUCAGACGUGGUAGAGAAUACGCCGUGUCUGACACAGAAGCGCAUCGAGUGCGCUACUAUUCGGCCUCACCAAAAAUGCCAAGGCCGCUUCCUACGAAGCAGAUGGUCACUGUAGGAAUUUGGACGGGCCCGUUACCUCCAGCAAAACCUUGUGCAGAAUGUGGACCACUUCGAAAAGAAGUGCAAGAUCUACUGAAAAGGUAUGAAAGAUAG